UUCUACAAAAGGUCUUCCCACGUUUCGUGGUCGAAGCAACCGAAGCCGACAGAACCACAUCGGCCUCCUUUUUCAUCAUCAUUGUUGUGGCUGUAAUUCAUAAUCCCAAUCUCAGCCAAAAGAAAGCGCAAGAGAUAGCAGAUAAUAGCAGAUAAUAGCGAGAGAAAAAUGUUUGGUGGAGGCAUUCCCUUUGAACACUUUGCCCACGGCGGUGGCGGCAUGCCAGGGGGCGGCAGGGGCGGUGGUAGCAGUGAACCACCCGAGACGACCAAGCUCUACGAAACUCUGGAGGUAGAAAAGACUUCCACGCAAAAAGAAAUCAAGAAGGCUUACUUCAAGCUUUCCAAAAUCCAUCAUCCAGACAAGGGAGGAGAUGAACACAAGUUUAAGGAAAUCAAUGCCGCGUACGAAAUUCUGUCCGACCCCGAGAAGAGAGAGAAAUACGACAAAUACGGAUUGGAGGGAGUCAAUGACGGUCACAACUACGGAGGUGGCGAAGCCGAAGACUUGUUUAGCAUGUUCUUUGGCGGAGGCGGCCGUCGACGAAGUGCUGGUCCACGCAAGAGUCCCAGUCUCCAACACGCCAUCAAGGUAUCUCUGGAGGAUCUCUACAAUGGCAAGACUGUCAAAUUGGCCAUUAACCGCAAGGUGAUUGUGGGGGAUGUCAAGUCGUGCGAUUCCUGUGGUGGACAGGGAAUUAAGCUAGAAGUCCGUCAGUUGGGACCUGGAAUGAUUACUCAAGUGCAGCGACAAUGCCCCGACUGCGGAGGACAAGGCAAUACUGCCAAAACCAAAUCGGAGCGAAAGGUAUUGGAAGUUCAUGUCGAAAAGGGAAUGGCCCACAACGAAAAAAUUACUUUCCGUGGAAUGGCAGAUGAACUGCCCAAUAUGGAACCAGGAGAUAUCCACUUUAUUAUUCAACAAAAGGAACACGAUUUAUUCCGACGAAAGGGGGCUGAUCUCCUCGUCACCAAGGAUGUCAGUCUCAAUCAAGCACUCACUGGGUUUUCGUGGAAAAUCAAACACUUGGAUGGGCGUGACAUUAUGAUCAAAACCAAGCCUGGCCAGAUUAUUCAAUGCGAAACCACAGACAGUGAAAGCGGACGAACAUUGCCGUUCAUCAUGAUGGUCAAGGACGAGGGAAUGCCCAGUCAAGGGAACCCGUUCGUCAAGGGCAACAUGUACAUUGCCUUUCAUGUCAAGUUCCCCACAACACUGGAUGCCAAUGUCAUUUCCACUCUGCGGUCGUUACUUCCCGAUGCUGAUAUCGAGGAGGAAUACGACCCGGAACAAGUAGAAGAGCAUUUCUUGGACGAGGCGGAACUCAAACACUUUGGAAAGGGAGGAGCUGCCGUGUCUUCGAAUGAGUACGACAGUGACGAUGAAGGUGGCGGCCCGCAACCGGUGCAGUGCCAGCAAUCAUAGCGUGUCCGCAUUGGUUUUUAGAGGAGAUUCUUAGUUCGCAGCGCGAAACACAUGAGGAGGAGGAGGAGGAGGAAUGAACGAUGGGGUUGAAGGCACAGGUUGUUGAUAUGAGUAACAUUAUAUUUAGAGAAUGAUAUUGACCAUCUUUUGUCUUGGCGUUCGGGCUGCAACACUGUGCACAUGGAAAGUGCAAUGAAUACAUGUACCCCACUGCUAGCUAGCUAGUGCGGUACAGUAGGCCACAGCUGCCAAUCAUGAGACGAGGGCCAGGACCAGGUCCUCCGAAGCUGCAUUUCCACAGUUCCGACACCGCCCGCAAUUUCGGUUUGUGAAGAGGUGAACCUUCGGUCUACUGUAUCCCCAAAAAUCAUGAAAAAGCCGGCUAUACUGGCUAGCUCCCCCAAACUACCUCAGUCUAUUUUAUUUACAACAGAGGUACCAGAGAGUUAGAAGAGAAGCAAACAUAAUAUUUUCACAGAAGAAUUUGAGGAAGCACCUCUUUGGUUACUACUAUAAAAUUUUAUGAAGAUUUUAGACAGAAGAGGUGCAAAGAAAAACUGAUGGUAGUUUUUGAGUCCCACAAAAGUGACGCGAGUCUUUUCAUACUACACAGGUAUUUUAAUUUUAAACAACAUGAUAGUUUUAGCCAAAGAUCAGAAGAGGUGCAAAUAUGUUUCAUUGGAAGGAUUUGAGUGGCCAGCGAUCGCCAGCGAUCGCCAGCGAUCGCCGGCGAUCGCCAAUUGCACCUCUUGGGUUAACAACUUUAAAUUUUUUAGAAGUUUUUAGACAGAAGAGGUGCAAAGAAAAACUGAUGGACUCUUUUGAGUCCCACAAAAG